AUGUUCCUAGCUGACGAUGUCGUCACAUCGUACAGCAAGUCAACCGGCCACGAUUUGCCCGUCCAGGAUCUUCCCCUCCCUCCAGACUUCAAAUGGGGCACCGCCACGGCCGCAUACCAGGUUGAGGGAGCGGUCACGCAGGAUGGCAAGGGUCCAUCCAUCUGGGAUACGUACACGCAUCUCAUCCCGUCACGUACAAACAACCAGAACGGCGACAUAGCGUGUGACCAUUACAAUCGCAUCCAAGAGGAUAUCGAUUUGAUGAAGUCAUUUGACGUUGACGUGUAUCGCUUCUCCAUCUCUUGGUCGCGCUUGAUCCCACUCGGUGGCCGUGACGAUCCCAUCAAUGAAAAUGGAAUCGCCUUUUACAACGACCUCAUCGAUAAGCUCCUUGCAAAAGGAAUUGAGCCCGUUGCGACCUUGUAUCAUUGGGAUACUCCACAGGGCAUUUACGAUCGAUACGGCGCAUUUCUGAACACGGAAGAGUUUAAGGCCGAUUACAUCCGAUACGCGAGACUCUGCUUCUCGCGGUUUGGCGAUCGAGUCACGAAAUGGGUCACCUUUAAUGAACCUUACAUCACAUCCAUCUUUGCUCAUCACAAUGGCGUUCUCGCUCCAGGACGAUGUGCUGCUGCUGGCAACGACACAAAGACGGAGCCAUGGCGCGUGGGACACACUCUCAUCUUGUCUCACGCUGAAGUAGUGCAAAUCUACAGCAAGGAGUUUGCAUCCCAGAAGGGUGACAUCUCUAUUGUACUGAACGGACAUUUCUACGAGCCCUACUCGGAUAACAAGGCAGACAUUGACGCUGCUCAAAGACGGCUAGAGUUCUACAUCGGCUGGUUCGGCGAUCCUAUUUUCCUCGGCCAAGAUUAUCCCGCCUCCAUGAGAGGAUAUCUCGGCUCUAGACUACCCAAGUUCACACCUGAGGAACGCCAGCUACUGCGAGACACGAGUCGAAUCAACGCAUUCUACGGCAUGAACCAUUACUCAACAAAGUACGCCCGGGCUCUCCCAGAUCCUCCAGCUGACGAUGACUGGACCGGCAACAUCGAAGAAGGCUCCGUCAACUAUGCGGGCGUUGAGAUUGGUCCAGUCUCAGGCACGAAUUGGCUUCGCGUCGCGCCAGAAGGAUUCCGCAAGCUACUGAACUGGGUCUGGAACCGAUACCAACUUCCCGUCAUCAUUACAGAGAAUGGUUGCCCUUGUCCUGGCGAAGAUGACGUCCAGGUAGCCGUGGACGACAAGUUCCGUACGAGAUACUUUGGUCUGUAUCUUGAUGCCAUCUCCCGAGCUAUCUACGAGGAUGGUGUGCCCGUGCAAGGGUAUUACGUCUGGACUUUGAUGGAUAACUUUGGUACGUUUUCUGCAUCCCAUCUCUAA